UCCAGCUGUCUAGUAGAUCCGACCCGGUUCUGUUCACUGCCGUUCGGCUCUCACCCAGGACCCGGGAGAAAAGGGGCGACUUUCAGAGGUUUUUUUUAGGGUUUCGAAAAUUCAAUUCCCAAAUGGCUUCUUCUCCCAAUCUCGACUUUGGAGAUGAUUUUGGAGGUGAUAUACCAGGGAGUCACAGCAGUGGAAGACGUCCAGGUGAUAAAAGGCCUUAUGCAGAGGUCGAGGAUGAUGAAGAAGAUGAGCUUGGCCCCAGAAAGGGGAAAUCAAAAAUUGAAGAAAGUGGACCUGGUGCGGCCACAGGGAUGAUUUUAUCUCUCAGGGAAAGUCUACAAAAUUGCAAAGACAGCCUCGAUGCGUGCCAGGUUGAACUAGAAGCUGCAAGAAAAGAAAUACGACGAUGGCAUUCCGCAUUUCAGAAUGGACCAGCCAUGUCCUCAGGCACAACCCCAGAGCCUGAAUCUGUUGUAGCAUAUCUUGAGAAUCUGAAGUCCUCAGAUGAAUCUUCAAAAGAACAGCUUGAGAAAGCGAAGAAAAGGGAAGCUGCCUUCAUAGUAACACUUGCAAAACGGGAACAAGAAAUAGCAGAUUUGAAGUCCGCAGUUCGCGAUCUGAGGACACAGUUGAGACCACCCUCAAUGCAGACGAGGAGAUUACUACUUGAUCCUGCCAUACAUGAGGAGUUCACUCGAUUGAAGAAUUUGGUUGAGGAGAAAGAGAAAAAAAUCAAAGAGUUGCAGGACAAUGUUUCAGCAAUGAACUUUACCACUUCUAGCAAGCUGGGAAAGUUGUUGAUGGCCAAGUGCAGAACAUUGCAGGAGGAAAAUGAGGAGAUUGGUUCUGUAGCAUCUGAGGGAAAGAUUCAUGAGUUGGGGAUGAAAAUUGCUAUGCAAAAAUCUCAAAAUGCAGAACUGAGGAGUCAAUUUGAAGGACUAUAUAAGCAUAUGGAGGGUCUAACAAAUGAUGUGGAGAGGUCAAAUGAAAUGGUUUUCAUUUUGCAAGAUAAACUAGAAGCGAAAGAAUAUGAACUAAGAAAGCUUAAGGAAAUACUCGCCCAGAAAGAAUUAGCUGAGAAGGAAAAUGGAGAUACUGAAGCUCAGAUUGAAGUUGAUGAGACAAUCCCAAAAGCUGGAGCUGACACAGGGACACUUGAGGAAGUUUGAGGGCUGUUUUCGUCUCUCUUUCAAUCUGACCUUCAUUCUAACGCACCCUCACAAACAUUGCUUUUCUUAGGCAUCAUAUUAAGAAAAUGAGCAUUCAAGUCCAGUUUGUUUACGCGGCAAACAUUUUGCAUUGUUUUGUGCGGCAACUGUGAUGAAUGAACUAUUCUCAUCGCUUCAAUUUUGAGUUAAACCAAUUGUUUCUCUCAUUUGGUUCUAUUUUAAAAAAGCAGCUUUGUAAAAUUUUAUUCAAAUCGGCACUGACAUUGUUGACUACAUGGUGGAUGAGAGUAAAGUAAGCAGGUGCUGGUGUAAUAGGCAAUGGUCUUAGUGGUCUUAGUACAAACCGGUAGCCAUGUUAUUGCUUAACAAAAGGAUGGUUUUACAAUAUAGCUAACGCUAUAGGCAGGGUUUCAGUGUUGGAAUAGA